CUAUGGAACAAUCAAACGCCGCCUCCACCUCGCUUUCUCGAUUCCAGGAAAGGGUACUCUAUAGUAAUGAACACAUGGAAGAGAUAUGAUCUCCUAAAGCAGUCCAUCAAGCACUAUUCAUCAUGUCCUCGACUUGAAUCGGUACAUAUUGUGUGGAGUGAACCGGAUCCUCCUUCAGAUGUUCUUUUAAAAUAUCUGCACCACGUUGUAAAGUCCAAGUCUAAGGAUGGACGGCUUGUGAAAUUGAAGUUUGAUAUCAACAAGGAAGACAGUUUGAACAAUAGAUUUAAAGAAAUUAAGGAUUUAGAGACUGAUGCUGUCUUUUCUAUUGAUGACGAUGUCAUAUUCCCUUGCUCUUCGGUGGAAUUUGCAUUUGAUGUUUGGCAAAGUGCGCCUGAUACAAUGGUUGGAUUUGUACCUCGUGUCCACUGGAUGGAUUCACUGGAAGGUAAUAGCAACAAAUUUAUAUAUGGUGGAUGGUGGUCUGUGUGGUGGACGGGUACGUAUAGCAUGGUGCUUUCCAAGGCAGCUUUCUUUCACAAAAAGUAUUUCAAUAUCUACACUAAAGAGAUGCCAUCUUCAAUUAGAGAAUAUGUAACCAAGAACAGGAAUUGUGAAGAUAUUGCAAUGUCUUUCCUUGUUGCAAAUGCAACUGGUGCACCGCCGAUAUGGGUUAAAGGUAACUGAUCAUAACAAAUAAAUUGUUUGAUUUUUCAAGGUUUAUUUUUUUUUU